UGCAUACACUAUCAUAUAAAAAAUAUUAUAAUGUUUAGAAAGCUAUUGUAUAUAGGUACAGAAUAUUUAACUAUGACAAAGCUAAAAGAAGCAUGAUAAUAGUGCGAAAACUACCGCCAUUUCUAUCGAAGUGAUGUGACGUCACAACCGCCGCGCCUGUUUGUCGGCAAAGUAUAAAGGCUGCCGCCACUUUGAACCGCCGCUUUUUCACCAAUCGUUGAGGCUGGCGCGUGUGACUGCAGCAAGUGAUUGUUUUGAUCGAAAUUAUUCACAAUGGAGGAUAACGCUAUGACGCGCAAGUUGCUGCAAUUGAUGCAGAAAACUGGAUAUUCCAUAAUUCAGCACAACGGACAGAGGAAAUUCGGUCCACCACCAGACUGGACUGGCCCGCCGCCGCAAAGAGGCUGCGAAGUUUUCAUCGGUAAGCUGCCAAGGGAAAUAUUCGAAGAUGAGCUGGUGCCGAUUUUCUCUAAAGUGGGCAAAAUCUACGAGCUGCGUCUGAUGAUGGACUUCUCCGGCUCAAACAGAGGUUACGCUUUCGUGACGUACACUACGAAGGCGGAGGCUUACAAAGCGGUCAAAGAGUUGAACGGCUACGAAAUACGAGCCGGCAGGCACAUCGGUGUCGUGAAGUCUGUAGAUAACUGCCGCCUGUUCGUCGGCGGGCUGCCGAAGACUAAAACCAAGGAGGAGAUUAAAGUCGAGUUGUCGAAGCGAGUGAAUGGUAUAGUGGACGUUAUAUUGUACACUAAUUGCUUCGACCGCCGGAUGAAUAGAGGGUUUGCGUUCGUGGAGUUCACCUCGCACCGCGCCGCGGCGAUGGCGCGUCGCGCACUUGUUCCUGGUUGUGUCAAGAUAUGGGACCAGGAGCUCAUGGUGGACUGGGCCGAACCGGAACCAGACGUUGACGAAGAUCAAAUGAAGAGGGUUAAAGUGCUGUAUGUAAGGAACUUCUUGAUAAGAACAACACCAGAAACCAUUCAAUCGGUGUUCGAAAAUGCAAUUAAAAAUAAAAUUGAGAGAGUAAAAAAAAUUUAUGACUAUGCAUUUAUACAUUUUUAUGAGCGUGAACAUGCUGAGCUUGCAAUGACUAAACUUCAGAAUACCGAUAUUGAUGGCAGUAUUAUUGAAAUAAGAUGGGCUAAGCCUGUAGAUCGUGAAUUGUAUCGUAUUCAGAAGAUGAACCAUGGCAAUGCGAAGUUUAAUAAUAGCCUUGACUUUAACCAAACUCUGCUGCUUUACAAACAGCACUUGGAUAAAAAAGAAUAUGCUAAUUCUCCUAAGGAUGAUGAAGGGAUUGGCUCAUCUGCAUGUGCUGGCGAUUCGACAUGCGGAUCACCGACUGAAUCGAAAUCUUCUACUUUUCAGUAUUCACCACCCAAAGAAAACUACACUUUGGCUCCUGCUAAGUUGGAUUCCAUGUGCAAAAGGUACAUGUGGGCGCCCCCCGUAUACGACUACCAAAAGUACAUAUCGGCUGACGGAGCGGAGCAGUGGGUCGGGCGCGUGGAGCUGCCGCUGGUGGGGCCGCCGCUGCUGGGUGCGCCGCGCCGCGUGGGGCCGCUGCACACGCGCGCCUGCCACUCUGUGCACCAGGCGCACGUCGAGGCGGCCGAGAACGCCUUGCAUUACAUCAAAAUGCUGCGCAGCGAAGUCAUCCAGCGCUCUGCGCCGACUGUGCAGCCCGUGUACGGAAUGGGCGGGGUCGGUACGCUAGGCGGGGUAGGGAUGGGCGUGGUGCCAUGCGAGCUGAUGCCGAUGUAUGGGCGCGCGCCGCUGCCCCUGCCGCCCCCCACACUCUGGCGCACCGUCUGAACCACUCCACAUCGCAAUCCUACUUAACAGCGGCUGUGAAGUUGGCGACAGUAAUCCUAGAUCUUUUGGCGUGUGGCCAAAAUCUAACCUAAUUAAAGCAUGGUAUAAAAAACCUUUUAUUUAAAUGGAAAUGUAAUUAAGCCUUCUAUAUAUUUGUAACAAGAUUUUACGAACUUGUUUCCAGUUAUAUUUGGCCAAUAGAAAUGUAAUAUUUAGCCAGCCUUAUAAGCUCCACAGGAUCUUGAUCGCACUGUAGAUGAUAUUUGAGAUGUCAAUACUGAAACCUGCCCAUAGUUUCGCUCGUUGCCGACUUCACAAGCGCCAUGCAUUUUGAAUUGCACUACCCACAAUGCUAAACUAUAACGACCGGAUAAAAAGCUUUAUAUAAUCUGUUGUCUGCAUUAUUUUUCAUGGUUUUCAAUAAGUUUUCCGAAUGCCUUCGGCGGACUCUUGAAAAAACGAUUUUUAUAGGUUACCUACUAUAGGAGAGCGGUAUGACUUGUUUUGAUUUCAAUGAAACUCGUCCUUUAUUGUUGAGCCAAUAAAAGACUCUUUUCAUAUUGACGUCUAGUGUAAGGCGAGCUGCUUUUUGCGUAAUUGACUAUUUACUAUUCCUGAUGGAAUUAAAUGGCAAUUUUGCAAACUGUCGGCUGGGGUUGUGCGACGAUACUUGUUAGAGAGAUAUAUUUACCUUUAGUUUAUUUACUUAUCUUAGGACUAAUUCUUUUGAUGUUUUUAUUUUCACUUAAAGCCUAUUUGGCAUUUUUUUUAUGUAAUCUGCGUACGUUUUUGACUUGCUAUUUAGUUGUUUAAACAACGAAGCCUGUUUAUGUUAUGACCGUUUCCUUAGACGCGCGAUCGCAGGGUUUAAAAAAAAUCUAUAUUUUGUUUCGGACUCGACUUCGGUUAUUGUUAUUGAUAUAUUAAUAAAAGUAAAAGCUUCUUAUGAUUGUAUUGAAUCUUUGGAUUUGUUUAGUUUAUUGGCGUUAUUUACUUGUGUAAAGCUGCCACACGGUGCUUCCUUGUGCUUAUAUGAAGGUAUAUUCAGAGAGAAUGCUCCGUUUAGUUGGUAAAGAUCUUUUCUUUUGACUAAUAAAAAAUCAUUAAAUCUAGUUUGUUU